AUGGCAAACCUUAGCAAACUUGAGUUUAUGGCUGUUGACAUUAGUGGAAAAAAUUAUUUAUCAUGGAUCUUUGAUGCUGAAAUCCACCUUGAUGCUAUGGGGCUUGGAAACACCAUAAAGGAUGUAAAUCCUUUAAAUGAAGCAUCAAGCCAAGAAAAGGCUAAGGCGAUGAUUUUACUUCGCCACCAUCUCGAUGAAGGAUUAAAAGUUGAAUACCUCACUGUCAAAGAUCCGGCUAAUCUUUGGAAUAAUCUGAAAGAGAGGUAUGAUCAUGAAAAAACGGUGAUACUUCCUAGAGCUCGUUUUGAUUGGUUACACCUUCGGCUGCAAGAUUUUAAAUCUGUGAGUGAGUAUAAUUCAGCCAUGUUCAAAAUUACUUCCCAACUAAAACUAUGUGGUGAGACUAUAACUGAUGAAGACAUGCUAGAGAAAACCUUCUUUACUUUUCAUGCCACUAACAUGCUCCUACAGCAGCAAUAUCGUGAGAAAGGUUUUAAAAAAUAUUGUGAAUUAAUCUCAUCGUGGCUGAACAAAAUAUGA